AUGCGUACAGUCCAACGCAUUUGGCAAUGGGGAAAAGAAAAUGAAGUUUUGGAUUCUAACACUAAUGUAUCUAGCAGAAAGGCACUCAAUUAUGGGCGCAAGCGUCUUCAAAUUGACGUCAGUCAAUUUCAAAAUAUUCCAUUGCGAAGAAGGGCGACACUGAGGUCUUUAUCUGCUGUCACAAAUUUGUCAGUGACAACAUUGUUUAGGCGAUUAAAAGAGGGCUCUAUACGUCAUCAUUCAAAUGCUAUAAAACCUUUAUUAAACGUGGAAAACAUGAAAGCUAGAAUACGCUUUUGUUUAUCGAUGAUUGAACAUGGCAACAACCCCAGUUGUUUGAGGUUUGUAACUAUGGGAAAUAUUAUUCAUGUUGAUGAGAAGUGGUUCUACAUGACAAAGCAGUCAGAGAAGUAUUACCUCCUGCCUGACGAAGAUGAGCCUUUACGCACAUGUAAGAGUAAGACUUUUAUUACUAAAGUCAUGUUUCUAGCUACAGUGACAUGCCCAAGGUUUGAUGAAUCAGUGAAUGAAUUAUUUUCUGGAAAAAUUGGGAUAUUUCCUUUCAUAAAUAAAGAACCUGCAAGCAGGAGUAGUAAAAAUCAUUCUGCCGGAACUAUGGAGACUAAAGCAAUCAAUUCUAUCAAUAAGGAAAUUUAUCGAUCUUACAUAGUUGAGAAACUCUUGCCAGCUAUCCGAGAUAAGUGGCCAAGAAUUGAUGCAGGAAGUCCAAUAUUUAUCCAACAAGACAAUGCGAAACCUCAUAUUGGUUUGGAUGAUGAGUAUUUUCAAAGUAAUGCUACUAAGGAUGGCUUCGACAUACGUUUGAUCUGUCAACCACCGAAUUCUUCAAAUAUGAAUGUUCUAGACCUUGGGUUUUUUAAUGCGAUACAGGGGCUACAAAACCAACAGGCACCCAACUCUAUAGAUGCGCUCAUAGAGGCUGUUCAAAAGUCAUUUGAUGAAUACUUGCCAACAAAAUUGAAUCAUACGUUUUUAACUUUAUAG